AUGGCCAUCCCCUCACUGCGCGUACGCCAAUGCUCAUUCGACGCCCAGCUCGUCGUCCUCUCAUAUUGUAUCUCGUGGCUUGGCGCAUACACCAGUACCCAAAUUAUUAUUCACGCCAAGUACACUCGCAAUGCCUGGAUCAAGUGGUUGUGGACGUUUCUGGCCAGUCUUGCAUACGGAUUCUGCGCAAUAUGGUGUAUGCACUUUGUGGGGAUGCUGGCCUGCCAUUUGGACAUCCAUAUUGGAUUUGACUUCUACCUCACCAUCCUCUCCGCUGUCGUCGCCGUUGGGUUCACGUUUGCGGCCUUCUCAAGUCCAUAUAUUUCGGAUGCGAUUGGGGACUCAAGAUUCUUGCAUGCAAUCUCGCACCUCUUCAGAGCCAUACGCAGGUGCAUCUUUUCAUGUUGCCCCAAGCGUGAUUUAGAGGCAGGAUACGAGGCUCUGGGACAAGGAGGGGAGGAUGACCGACGGUCCAGUACCUCACAAGAUCCAGAGCCUCAAGGCGAAGAACAAAUUGACUACCAGGGCAUAGAUGACGAUGAGCGGGAGGCUUCUCUCGAGCGCACAAGUCUCGAAUCGGUCUCUGUGACGGAGCUCCCCGAGCGCGCACCCGCCCCUGCCUCCAUUCCUCAGCCGCUCCCGGUGCAGACUCCAGUGCCGCCCCCAACGCGUGGGCGCCCUCAUGGCCCCGCAUAUACCCGCCGCAUCUCCAGUGGAAGCAGGAAAUCCCAAGGCCAUAGCACGACGCUCAAGUCUCCCCCACUUGUGCGGCAACGCUCUCUUCCUCGUGUACGACGACUUAGCACUGAGUCGGGAAGUAACUCGCCGAGCACUGCUUCGAGCUCGCUCUCGAGCUCAGACUCAUCCUCGCGGCAUCGCCAACGCGGCUCGGGGAACAGUUUGUCAGGGACAACACUUGCCAGCGGGACUACUGAAUCGUCGUCUUCUUUAUCUUCGUGGGGCGAGAGUCUACAUGUAGGUUUAAGCAGGGAGACACGCUUACGCAUCAAGGCGCGAGCUCGGGAGCGGCCGCUUCCUACUUUUGGGUGGCGAUACUGGAUGAAAGCGCAUUGGCAAACGAUUACGGCGCUUGUAGUUGUAAGGGCGGCGGUGUGGGGGCUAGCGCUAGUCAUGAUGCAUUACUGCGGAAUGUGGGCGAUGAUCAUCCCAAACGGACAUAUUUCUUGGGAUCUGCGCAUUGUCGUUCUAUCUUACGUUGUCGCGUUUACCUUGUGUCUCGUCUCCUGUGCUACUAUGGAGCACAUCGAGGUUCAUUUUGGACGUCAAGUCGCGUUCAGUACGAUAUCAGCUGCAGGUUGCUGCUCCAUGCACUACACCGGCAUGGCUGCAGCAACGUUUUACACUUAUAGCGCACCUGCACCGCCUGGCCAGGCUGGAUAUCCGGCAUAUCUUCCCAUCACCAUAAUAGGGAUUGCUGUAUGCGUAUGUGUCGUCUCGAACGUCGUGCUUGCGCAUAGCGCAAUUAAUGCACGCAACCGUAUGGCGGAGAUGAUUCUCACAAAGAGGAGGCUUUGGCGGAUUAUGGCGGAAAAAGAGGCAGCGGAGCAGGCGAACGAGCUUAAGCAGCAAUUCAUAAGCGUGGCAAGCCACGAGAUCCGAACGCCGCUACAUACAGUGAAUGGGUACUGUGAGCUUCUUUCACGAACGGACUUGACGGAAGAGCAGACACUCUACGUCUCAAGUAUUCAACAAGCCUGCCAUGCUAUUAAUGUCAUUGCAGGGAACGUGCUUGAUUUUAGCAAGCUUGAUCGUAACAAUGUGGAGCUGUCCGCGCGACCUGUGCUCAUGCAUCUACGGAAAGUGGUCGAAGAUCUCGCACGCAUACAACCUUCCCAGCCAGGCGUCGACGUCGUUAUAUCGGUGGUGUCUGAGGUACCAGAAACUGUGUAUCUGGAUGAGACGUAUACGUUUCGGGUCCUCAUGAAUCUCCUGUCUAACGCGCAGAAGUUCUGCGAGAAGGGAUACAUUUGUGUCUCCGUAUCCAUGGCUGCGCCAGCUCAGCUCAUGAUACAAGUACGGGAUACAGGCUGCGGCAUUCCCACUAAUUUUCGCGAUGCUCUGUUUCAGCCGUUUCGACAGGCCGAUACAUCUAUGACGCGCGCACGUCAAGGCACUGGCUUGGGUCUUAGCAUUGUCAAGCACCUUGUUCAGCGCAUGAGCGGAACUGUCGAUGUAGAGUCUACCGAAGGGGAGGGAACGAUGUUCACGGUGAAGCUCCCCGUCGCGCUAUCAAAUGAAGAACAAUCUCGCCCGGAUUUGUUGGACCUAAUGGAGGGUCCCAAGCCCUCUUCGCGCAAGCGAUUGCGUGUUGUUCACUCGGAUUCUCGUACAGAAGCCCUCUUCGUCGAGUUAUGGAGGCAACACGGGCAUUUCUCCUUGGCCGGGAUCACCGAGAACUCGGUGGAAGCCCUCUCACGGAACGCAGACGCUAUCUGGGCAGAUGCUGAAAGCGUCGCAUCCUCAGCAUUACUUCGUGCGAUGCUGUGCGCACGAACACCACACCCUUUGCCUGUGUAUAUAGUGUACAGCGAGUUGCACGAUCUGUCAUCGCUCGAGCCUGAGUUCAGCGAUGCGCGGAACGCAGUGCUCGUGAAGCGCCCUCUCAUACUACAUGGGCUGCGGGAGGUAAUCGAACAACCAGAAGCACACAUGGGCACACAUCUGGUCAAGGAUACACCAAAAGUCCGCUUCGCUAUCCCAGCGGGACGCUUUGAUGUAGUGGACCCCUCGACAUCGAAAGACAAAUUUGUGGAGAAAUCGCCCGUGCCAAUAGUCUCGGCGGAGGAGAUUGAGCUGGAAACAAAGGUGAAGGAGAAAGAAAAGGUCUUGUUAGUUGAGGACAAUUUGAUCAAUCAACGCCUCGGCCGGAGACUAUUGGAGAAACUGGGGUACGACGUUACCGCAGUAAACAAUGGCCAACAAGCCAUUGAUGCGGUCUCGGAAAUAUCAUACUACUGCUGUCUGAUGGACUGUCAGAUGCCAGUAGUAGACGGUUUUACCGCCACUCGAAAAAUUAGAGCGCUAGAGCAGGAGGGAGUGCUCCCUGGUCAUCUUCCCAUAAUCGCGCUUACCGCAAACGUAACUACUGACAGCGAGGACCGGUGUCGACAGGCGGGCAUGGACCAUUUCCUUCCCAAACCCUUAGUGCUAAGCGACCUCGACGACACACUCACAACACACGGAAGAUCUAACCCUAAUCGAUGA